AUGAAGGUCUUGUCAAGGGUCCUGUUGCUGCUGGCCUCAUUCGAUCUCAGCGUGAAUGGAUUUGUGCCGCAUCUUCCGAGCUGUCUAAGGAGUUCUUCCUUGCAAGAAUCAAGUCAACUCCUCUUUGCUGCGACCCCACACGAUGUCAAUUCAGUAGGUCCAGUCAGCCGACAAUCUACCGCUGCCGACGCUGCGUCAUCCACGUCCACAGAUCUUCACCUUGUUGGGAAAGCCAUGGUAUCUGCAUUGUUCGUCGCCUCGCUGGCCUUCUCCUCCUUCCCAGCUUUUGCUGCAUCCAAUGAUGCAGGGGCAUCCUUAAUGUCCAACGCCAAAAUCACAACUGGAGGUGCUUCAACGUUGCAAAGUGGGAGGACCAUUGCCAUUACCCGUGGUGUCAACUUGGAUCGAUCCGAUUUCUCCAAUCAGAAUCUCAAGGGGGUUGCCUUCCAGCAGUCCAUCGUCCGAGACACAAACUUUCAAAACUGCAAUCUCGUGGGCGCAUCCUUCUUUGAUGCCACCGUUGAUGGUUCCAACUUUGAGAAUGCUGAUCUGACCAAUGCAAACUUUGAAAUGGCGCAAUUAAACCGUGCCAGUCUGAAGGUGAGUGAGCCAGAAGCCGUGGUCAUGACGCCAUUGGCUUCAGCUGUCACAUGA